AUGUCUGCCCUCAAGGCCGUCUCCAGAGCCUCAGUCGUCUCGGGAGUUCUGUUCCUGGCUGGUGAUGUCUUGAGCCAGUGGUUGUUUCCAAACCCUGCUCGGCAGCAGCCCCAUCGCAAGCUGGUGCCGCCGUCAGUCUCCGAGACGGUUCAUGAGGCCCGCUGGAUCCCAGAGGCGCUGAAGCCUGCACUAGAGAAAUGGGAUCUGGAUCGGUCGCUCAAAUUUGCGGCCCUCGGCACUCUGCUUCACGGCCCCUUCUUCCACGAGACCUUCCGCUUCCUCGACUGGCGGUUCGGCCACAAGAAAACCCUCGGCACCAUUGCCCUCAAAAUCGCCGUCAACCAGAUCUUCUUUGCGCCAGUCUUCAACGUGGCCAUCCUGAGUGCCUCGGCCUGGCUCGACGGCGAGUCUGCCGAGGACCGCAUCCGCACCCGCUUCGCCGACAUCUACACCAACUCGGUGAUCGUGUGGUCGACAUCGAACUUUGUCAACUUUCGCUUCGUUCCUCCGGCCUGGCGGAUCCUCUACAUCAACCUCGUCGGCAUCGGGUGGAACAUUUACCUCAGCUGGGCUACCUCAACCACUCUCCAGGUGGCUCCGGUCGCAGGCGUCCUGGCCAAGGAGCUGUAG